UAUGGUCGGAUGACGACCUUUGCGCCCAAGCUAUCCUGUUCUUCUUGGCUGGCUUUGAGACUGUGUCCAGCGCCGUGUCGUUCUUAUUAUACGAGCUGGCUGUCAACCCUGACGUCCAAGACAAACUGUACCAGGAAAUCAGAGAGAACAAGGAAAAGAACAACGGGAAAUUUGACUACAAUUCUAUACAGAAUAUGGUUUAUAUGGAUAUGGUGGUAUCAGAAACGUUAAGGUUAUGGACGCCUGGUUUUGUUCUGGAUAGAUUCUGUACCAAAGAUUACAACAUGGGCAAACCUAAUGCUAAAGCUACUGAGGAUUACAUU